AUGAAACAGAAUGUCACAGAAAAUGCAAAUAGAAUAACUGAAAAUGUGGAUCUUGGGAUUGUAAAUGGAAGAGAAGCAAAAGAAGGUGAAUUUCCUUGGAUGGUUGCUUUAUACUUAAAUGACUCGUACCUCUGCAGUUCCUUCUUGAUUUCUCCAACUAUUGUAAUGACUGCAGCUCAUUGCGUACAAUCUAAUAAUGGUGUUGAACCAGCGACAUCCUUUUAUGGAAUCAUUGGCAACACUAAUCGCGAAGGUCCGGAAACUCGUAUCCAGUUCAGAGAGGUGGCGGCACAUCCCCAGUAUGGAAAUGUAAGGGAAUACGACAUAGCUGUGUUCCGAGUCUCAUCCCCAGUGGAAAUGACUGAUUUGAUACAAUCCAUAUGUUUGCCGGAAUCUGGCAAGAAUUUCGAUCUUCUGUAUGUACAGGCUAUGGGAUGGGGCAGAACAUCAAACAAUAAUAAAGAUGCACCUAAAAUUCUGAUGACGACUAAGCUGUCCGUACUACCGAUAACUGCAUGCCAGUUCUUUUUUGAAUUGUUGGGAAUUACUUUAACAGACAGACAUGUUUGUGUUUACUCACUAAACACUACUGGAAUUUGCCAUGGUGAUUCCGGAAGUCCAGCGGUUUAUGACGAUCCACUCAGUGGUAAGCCUGUGGCUGUUGGAGUGGCAUCCUUCAUCUCGUUCCCGGAUUGUGGCCUGCCUCUAGCACCAAGUGUUUACACCAGGAUUGCUUCAUUUAUCGACUGGCUCACGGAGACAGUCGGUGAAACUAAUGACAUAUGCUUUGUAUGA